GCGGCGGGUGCGGAGCGCGGCGUGGCGGAGCGCGACGAUGCCCGAGGCCACGCGGUGCGGCAGCGGCAGCAGGGCCGAGUCGGACUCCGACUGCCCCAUGGACACCGAGGCGGCCCUGGAGAGCGGCCGCCGGCGCCACAAGAAGGAGAAGAAAGAGAAGAAAUCUAAACGCCGGGACAAGUUUCAGAGGGGGAAGGCUCCGACAGAUGAAAGCGAGGAGUCGGAUGAGGAGGUUUAUACCCCGAAAGUCAAGAAGUCGAAGGGUGUCAGUAAACAGAACGGUCACGCGAGAGAAGAAAGCCUGGAGAAACCGAAAUUGUCUUCCUUAAACAACAGCAAAUCCUCCCGCAAGAGCCGGCAGAGCAGUUCUAGUGAGACAUCAAGUGACAGCGAGAGCGAGAGUGAGCAGGAGCAGGAGCUGAGUGGCGAACAGAAGGAGGGGGCUUUCUCCAAUUUUUCUAUUUCCAAAGAAACUGUCCAGCUUCUUCAAGCUCGAGGAGUGACGUACCUGUUUCCCGUGCAAGUGAAGACCUUCAACCCAGUGUUUUCUGGCAAAGAUGUCAUUGCUCAGGCACGAACUGGAACAGGAAAAACAUUCUCUUUUGCCAUUCCCUUAAUUGAAAAGCUUCAGGGAGAGUCCCAGGAAAGAAGACGAGGCCGUCCACCCAAGGUUCUAGUUCUUUGUCCAACAAGAGAGCUGGCAAAUCAAGUUGCCAAAGAUUUCAAGGACAUCACAAGGAAGCUGACAGUAGCUUGUUUUUACGGAGGAACUCCAUAUAAUGGACAAAUUGAUCUCAUGAGAAGCGGCAUUGACAUUUUGGUUGGGACACCUGGUCGUAUCAAAGACCAUCUUCAGAAUGGCAAACUGGACCUCACCAAGGUGAAACACGUUGUGCUUGAUGAAGUUGACCAGAUGCUGGACAUGGGGUUUGCUGAGCAAGUGGAAGACAUUUUACGAGUUGCAUACAAGAAGGACUCUGAAGACAAUCCCCAGACGCUGCUGUUUUCUGCCACUUGCCCGCACUGGGUGUAUGAUGUGGCCAAGAAAUACAUGAAGUCUAGAUAUGAACAGAUUGACCUUAUUGGGAAAAGAACUCAAAAGGCUGCUACAACAGUAGAACAUUUGGCAAUAGAGUGUCACUGGUCUCAGAGAGCUGCAGUUAUUGGGGAUGUCAUCCAGGUCUACAGUGGCAGCCACGGGAGGACCAUUGUGUUCUGUGAGACCAAAAAGGAAGCAAAUGAACUGGCUCUGAAUGCUUCCAUCAAACAGGAUUGCCAGUCAUUGCAUGGUGACAUUCCUCAGAAGCAAAGAGAGAUCACACUGAAAGGUUUUAGAAACGGUUCAUUUAAAGUUCUGGUUGCAACCAACGUAGCUGCCCGUGGUUUAGAUAUCCCAGAAGUUGACCUGGUUGUACAAAGCUCACCACCAAAGGAUGUGGAGUCCUACAUCCACCGCUCUGGGCGCACGGGUCGAGCUGGGCGCACGGGGAUCUGCAUCUGCUUUUACCAGCGGAAGGAGGAGUACCAGCUGAGACACGUGGAACAAAAAGCGGGCAUUUCGUUCAAGCGCGUUGGUGUUCCUACUGCAACAGACAUAAUAAAGGCUUCCAGCAAAGACGCCAUGAGGUGCCUGGAUUCCGUUCCUCAGACAGCUAUUGAGUAUUUCAGAGAAUCUGCUCAGUUGCUGAUAAAAGAAAAGGGACCAGUUAAUGCUCUGGCUGCAGCUCUGGCCCAUAUUUCAGGGGCUACUUCCAUCGAGCAGCGCUCGCUGCUGAACUCAGAUGCGGGCUUCGUUACAAUGAUCCUACGCUGCUCCGAAGAAAUAAACAACAUGAGCUACGCCUGGCGAAGGCUGCGAGAAGUGCUGGGUGACGAUGUCGAUCGGAAGGUGAACAGAAUGUGUUUCCUCAAGGGAAAAAUGGGUGUGUGCUUCGACGUUCCUGCAGCAGACCGAAAAGAAAUAGAGGAAAAAUGGGAAGAUUCCAAACACUGGCGUUUGUGCGUGGCAACUGAAUUACCUGAGUUGGUGGAAUCCUUGCGAGGAGGAGGAGGAGGAGGAGGAGGAGGAGGAGGUGGGGGAGGAGGAAACGGCCGAAGCUUCUCAAGCUCCAGGAAUGGGCGGCGUGGUGGCUCGGGUAGAAACAGAUUCAGGGGCAGAGGCCAGAAACGAAGCUUCAGCAGAGCAUUUGAACAUUAACUUCUUCAACAAUCCAGAAAAAAAAACAGGACUAAAGUAUUUUAUAUAUUAUAUUAUACUAGGCUGUUUCUGUGUGUUUGUACCAUCGGGGAAAAUAUUUCAUUAAAAUACUUUUUUUUGUCAGUACUACUUUGUUCAUAAAUAAGAUUCUGUUCAUUUAAAAAAAGAACCCCAAACCAAAAAUCCCACAAAAAACCCACAAGAAAAAAAAAAAAGUUUCCUUUGUUUCUCAUACCGUUUCUCAUAUUGCUAUUUGAAUUUUUCCAGAAUAUGUCUAUUGCGUUCAAAACUGUAGCCUGGUUCACUGUAUAAUAUAUAGAUCUUAAUUGCUGCUCAAACCUGUACAUUUUCUGAUAAAAUUAAAUAUUAUUUUACAACUUCA